AUGUUUUCGUUACAUAGAAAGAAGAACCAUGACGGUGUAUCGCCCAAAGUCAUGCCAUACGUUAAUCAGCAGCAUCUAGGAUCGAUAGUUGCACCAAUACCCAUGUCCAAGUCGGCUAGUGCACAAAUAUCACACUUGCCAACGAGCUCUCCAGGCGCACGGAGUGAUCAACAUAGUUUGAGAGGAGCUUCUCCUGUUGCAUACUCAGAUUCUCAAGGAAACAACAAUAUUUACUAUGGGGGACUUGAUACAGUCCACAGCGCCACCCCUUCCGGGGUUCAAUCAAAGAAGAAUUCUAUGGAGGUAUCAUCACAAGAUUCCCAACUGAAACACAAUCAAUAUUCUCAUCUCCAUAAUGAUAAAGAAGCGGCUGAAAUAGACUCCAUUCUGCAGCAGCAAACUUAUAAUAUUCUCCCUCAGGGGAAACGGAACAUUUCUCAAAGUUUACGAUCUGCACAAUCCAAAACACCUGUAGAAAAGCGUAUUUGGGUCAGGAAAAAUAGUCAUUCAGCAACCACCAUCACAGUGGGGCCUCACGAUAUAGUGGACGAUUUGAAGUACGUGAUAUCGUCGAAAUUUCCGACCACUUUAGGUCGUCGAUUUGAUCCAUCAGACUUAGUGAUAAAGUUGAUCAUAACACCUGACACGCGGGGAUUUAUGAACUCGUCACCAAGUACCAGUGUUAACCAGUUUUCCCUUUCAAAAAAGCCCUUGCUCCACGAUGGUUCGCAUUCGCCCAUGACUGCCAGUAGCGGAUACUCUAGACUGAUGCAACCUGCAUCAUCCAAUGAUCUUUUACGAGCAAACACUCCUAUUUCCCCUGAUUCAUUUCCGAAUCAGAAAUACGCUGCAACUUCUUCUGACUCAAUUGAUACUCCACAUACGCGUACAUCACCAAGAGUGUUGAUACUAGAGCCUGAUGUGUUGGUCUGGUCUAUUGUUGAUAAGUAUUUUCCUAAUGGAAUGAACAUGUCGGAUGCUUUUCUGGUCGAUACUAGCAAAUCUCCAUCUGAGGAUUCUUUCAAAUUUGAUCAAAGAAAUACAAACCAGCAGUAUUUAGCUCGAAAUUUACAAACUAUAGAUAAGUAUGAUUCAAACAUCUCAUCGCUGGAAAUGAAUCAAGCUGGAUCGACAAGCGCCUCAUUAAAUAAAACCGCAAUACUAGGGGAUGAAAGAGUUCCCCCACCAAGACUAAGACUGCCCAACUCUCUAGAUUACGGCAUAGGCCAAACACCCCAAUCUUCUGCUGUUAUUUUAUUCCCCAGAGAUGUAAGAGGAGACAAUAAGUCUCUUCCUCCGGCAUCACAUCCAGAAAUGAUUCCACCUCCGCCUUCCCCCCAGAAUCUCAAGAUAGAUAGAUCAGACCCACCAAUUCAGAUAGGAAAAAAUUAUCAUUCUCGGACUAAUUCAAGCGAGUUACAGAAGAAGCUAAAUCUCACGUUGAACACAUCGAGUACAUCAGAUGAAGUAAAUGAAACGAAUGAAGCUCAAAAGCUAACCCUGAGCGACACAACUCUUGGCUCAGCUCCUAACUCUGCGUCCACUAUUACUCCAAAGAUACAUCUAGAUCCUAUACCGGACUCUAGUUCGACACUGAAGAAGCCUGAAACUAAGUUACCAGUGAUAGAGAAAAAACCUAAAGCAAUUGAAAAAAAGCAUGGUAUCUCUAAGAUUCUUAGUCACAUAAAUGUUCUUGUGGUUGAAGAUAACCUUGUGAAUCAAAAAAUUAUGGCGCGUCAUUUGAAGUCAUGUAAGGUCCAAUUUCAGAUUGCAUCUACUGGUAAAGAGGCGCUUGAAAUGUGGAAAAAAGGAGGAUUUCAUCUUUGCUUCAUGGAUAUCCAAUUACCUGUCAUGAGUGGUAUAGAAGUGACUAAAGAAAUCCGUCGUUUGGAGCGUUUAAAUCACAUAGGAAAUUUUUCUGGGCAUAAUAUCGAUGAAGCCAAUGAUUAUAAAGAAUCAGAUGAUGUAUUAGAUUUAUCAUUGUUUCGUUCUCCUAUUAUAAUAGUUGCCUUAACCGCUUCUACAGGUGCUUCAGAUCAACAAAAUGCUCUUGCUGCUGGAUGCAAUGAUUAUCUAACGAAACCGGUUCAAUUAAAAUGGUUGAAGAACAAACUUACAGAAUGGGGUUACAUGCAGGCAUUGAUCAAUUAUGACUAUUUCAGAAAUGAAAGUUAG